UGUUUUAAAAUGGCGGCUAGAGUUUACAUAUGUAAGAGUAGCGUAGCUUGAAAUGUUUGUGUCAAACUUGUUAAGCAAAUUACUAACGUUGUAUAGGUUUCUACAGGUAACGCUCAAAACAUAGCUUUCAAUUUGCGCCAAAAUGGUGACCAGAAGUCUUACAGAAGUUGUGCUGAUGCGCAAUAACGCCCUUCAAAGCAAGCAUAUCUUCGGAGAUCAUGUUCAUGAAGACACCGUGGCACUAGUUGGACGAGAUGUCGAAACUGGUAUGUGCAUUUACAAAGACGACGCGGAACCUCCUCGAUGGAUUGACGCAUUGGAAGAGGUUAACUACCAGAUGACGAAGAUCAGAGACAAAUUGAAAGAGCUGUCUGCCUUGCAUGAUCGCCACCUCAACCGACCAACAUUUGAUGAGAGUUCACUUGAAGAAGAUGAGAUCGAGCAGACAACACACCAAUUGACGCAGCUUUUCAGUCAUUGCCAGCAACUGCUGUCUGUAAUCCAGCAAGGAGUGCGGCAUGGCUCCAAUGCCAAGGAGGCUCACUUGGCACAGAAUGUGGUGCGUUCUGUGGCUGGUUCCCUCCAGUCACUCAGCACUAGCUUCCGUUCUUCUCAGACAACAUACUGCAAGAGGCUGCAAUCAAGAGAGGAGCACUCGAACAAAUUUUUCGACGUUCCAUUUUAUAUGGAAGAGACACAGCUUUCUCCAGAAAGAUUUGGAGGAGAUCAUCAGCUUCAAAUUGAAGACCAACUGUUCCUGGAAGACAACACAGAAAUGGUGCAAAUGCGAGAACGAGAGAUCAACAACAUCUUGCGGUCCAUCACAGAACUGAACACCAUUUUCAAAGACAUUGCCAACAUGGUGGCUGAGCAGGGAACUGUGCUGGAUCGCAUAGACUAUAACCUGGACACGGUGCAGACAAGGGUUCAGCAGGGCCUCCAACAGCUACAAAAGGCUGACACUUAUCAGAAGAAGAAUCAUAAAAUGAUGUGCAUCCUUGUCAUGGCAGCCUCCACCAUCAUCCUCAUUAUCCUUCUCUUUGCAUUCAAGCUGUAGACUGAAACAGUGCUGUGCUUUCCACUCAUGACCUGCAGGUGACAUCGAAGACAUCUCAGUGUAGGACAAGCCUUCAUGCACCACAACAGUGUAUGUGCUGCAUUGCUCGGGAGCAAAGGUGUUACCUGGUUCACAAUCAUGUUAUUUCUUGAAACUUAGUGAUGUGACUGAUGUAAAUGUUGACUGAAACUAAGAAGAAUGCACUAUGUGAUGCUAACAACAUGCACAUUUGCUCUUCAUUUAUUUUAGGGGACAAAAAAAACACCUGUGAUACAGGGCACCUCCAGCUACUGGUGCUUACACUUAGCUGUGCUUGGUAGUGCGAGUAUUUUAUGCUUGUCACCAUCUUUUUCGAUGAACUGUUGCUGCCAUUCAUAGAUGGGUGUUGGUCAAGUAAUAGGUAGAUUUCUUGUAUGCACAAAGCUCUUUUCUCCUUGAGGUAAUUUUGUAUACAUUUUCUUCACUUAGGUACUCCAAAGCAUGGUUUGACUUAUGUGCGUUAUCACUGAUAUUUAAGGCCAGUAUGAGCUUAUUUUAAUUAAUCAAGCUAUCUUUCUAUGUUAACUCAUAUAUCCCUAGUGCUCAACUUUUGGGAUGACUAUUUGUUUUAUGACAACACAACCAACUUUAAAAAUGGAAAAAAUAGUGGGGUAUACAACCUUGUGGGGUAACAAAUUCUGCUGUUUUCCACAAAAACUUGUACCAUCCUGCAUUCAGAAGGCUAGACAAAAAAGUGGACUUGAAGGCUUGUAUUAGUUUUUACAGACCUCAGAUGUUUCUAGAAUAUUUAUGUUCUAUUAUGAACACCAGCACUUACAAAGAGCUUAGUACUAAUACCAGAAGCUAAGAAACCUUUUUGCAGUGACCAUGUCUUAGUUUGUAGUUAAUUUUUCUUUUGUUUGAUUUGUAUCACAGAGUCAUGUCUGGCAUGUUUUUUGUGCUGAAUUUUCUUUUUGGCAUUCAAAUGACGCAGCAGCAGUACUGUAAGUAUGCUGUGCAAGUUCACAGUGUCCAGGAAAUGGAGCCAUGAAUAAUUUUUUUGUUAAUAUGUGUAAAUGUCCAUUUAAAUUACCCUAGUCUUCAAAGAUCCAAGUUAUGUUUUUAUGAUUGGUUUCUUGCAUGCGUUAGUAUUUUAAAUGUGAGUGUCUGCACAGCUGUCGAAAUAAGUGUAUGCCAUCAGCGAAAAUGGAAAUGCAAACAAGAAAAAGCUGAUCAGAACGCCUGUUGCGUGGAAGUCUGACAUGCAGUCUCUGUAGCUGGUUUCUAAGCAUGGCAUAGUCCCAAAUGUAAGUUUUGGAGCUUUAAUUAAGCCACUUUGUAUUGCAAAUGCAGACAGAUCUGGAAAUGCAAUGACACAUUCUAGUCAUUUUUUACUUGUUUGCAUUUUAGUUUAUGCUGAUACUAGUACACUUUUAGAUGUACAGUCGACUUCCAUUAAAUCAACCCUGAUGGGACUGUGAAAAUUAGCUGAAUAAUCCAACACGUUGAAUUAAAAGGAAAGGCAGAAAAUUGUUCAAACUUGCAGCCUCUUUAUUUCAAAAUAAUUCAUGAUCAUCUGCUGUCAUUUGAAUUUUAAAGAAUGUUUGAGAUAGCUUGUUUUCCAGAACACAAGUGUACUUAAUUAAAUGCCUCUUCAGCAUAAGCCUCAUGCAAGAACUCAUGUGGCAUUGAGUUCAGCUUCUGCUGUGCACAGACACACCUAUGUAAUAUCUCUGACAGAAACCGUGUAGCUUUUGUCAUCGCCACCAUUCAUACUGCCACUACAUGACACACAAAACAACAUUGCUAUUCAUGGAACUCCGGAUAUCCACUUCUCUGUCAGUGUUGACAAAAUAUUCAAUGGAGAUGCUAGCAAGAACAGGUAAAAAAUAAAAACGAAAUCCAUCUUCUGUGGAAAUAGCAUUCCAUUCAUGGUGUUAAUGUAUCUUUCUGUUAUUCAGAUCUGCUUGACCCAUUCUGCUCUAUUUCCUUUUUCCUCACUCUGAGUGAACCACUUGCUGCUUUGUCUAGCUCUUGCUUGUGCUGCUUGUGUAUCAGCCAAGGUCAGACCAUUCAAUGUAUGGCAUUGUUAAAGGGCCCCUAAACAACUCAACAACUCUGAGCUUUAGGUAAAUUCUUUAUAUAAUGCCAGCUGUGUAGCAGUCUACAAUAAACAUAAAGUCACAAGAAUUUUUCUAAAAGAUGCCGUAAUAGCAAAAUUACAGGCACUUGUUGAAUGACAACAUGGCCGCCGUGGUUUCUCGCUCGCUUUCACUACUCUUCCCAUAGGCUCCUCCUCACCACUUACUAUCAACCACUCCAUGCAGUGCUGCGAAAGCUAUGGGUCGCAUUACAUGCAAAUAAAAUUUCCUUCAUUGUUCACCCCUAAUCACCCUCUGCGUGACGCCGACUGAAUAGAAGCUUCACGGAAAAAUCAGUGGUGCACAAUGGGCGAGCCCCUCUAUUUUCUCAGAACACGCAGUCUGUUCUCAUCAUGUUGGCACUCUCGUUCCUCGCCGACCAACCAAUCAACACCUUUUACCCUGGUGACAUUACAUGCACGACCCUGCUGGCGUUUCGACAUGCAAAAAAGACUGGAAAAGCCUGGAGAGGUGCAUGAGAUUGUUUUUUCAAUUUAUGACUUCCCUAAAGUGCAUAGUGCUGCCAUGUUUGGCCAAGAUGAUUGUCGCAGUAUUCUAUACAUGAUGCAUGUGUUCAUUUUAAUGUGUUGAAAAUGUCAGGGUGGUUUAGGGGCCCUUUAAGACAGAAAACAGAAAGCUUGGCUCAUAAGAAGGCUGUGCCACCAGCUGGGACCUUCUGGCAGGAUCAAAUUAGUAAGUUCUUGAACAAGGGAAGACUGCUUAUAACUGAAUCAGCUUCAGCUUCAUUUGUGAAUAUUAAAAUUUUUUUAAAGUGCUGUUGGUCAAGACUGUGACUGCUUAGAAUAGUGGGACACUUAUGUUCUUGCUAAUGCAGUAUCGAAAAUCAAAUUAGUAUGAGUCAGCUGUAUCCUGUUACCCCUUUACACAUGAAAGGACUC